AUGGAGACGACUAUUGAAGUGAUCGAGUGGUGCUUUUGGAGUUCGUUGGUGCUGUGGCGCGUCGCGCUCACGGUGCUGUGCAAAUAUUGGUGGGUGACCGUUUUGUUGGUCGUGGGCGCGAUUGGCGGAGUGGUGACGAGGCCGCUGUGGAGUAUCGCGGGUCGACUGCUCGGCGCAGUCUUCGCCUUCGUCUACAAGUGGUCUACGCUGGCGCGGGUGUGCCUGAGGCGCUACCGUCGCUUUGUGAACGGCCCGGCCGUGCGAGGUCGACCGGCUGCGGAACGGAGAUGGAAAGCGUUCGAAGCAAUUUGGGCAACGCCCAUGAUCGUGUUGGAGGCUCGUGGAGAACACACCGAAGGCCUCGGCAGGCUGCUACACAAGUGGUUGGAAGCGUAUCACGCGUUGUGGUGCGUCUUCUUGCCUGACGUAAUGGAGCUCAGCUGCAAGUCGACGGCCAAGUACUGGAAAGGGUCCAAGGCCGAGUGCAGGCGGACGGUCGACCGUGCGAGCUGUGUGUGUCGUGGGUUCUGGGCGUUCCUGUCACUGCUGGCUUACGCCCUCUUCUACACGGUCGUGUUCGUGUACGACUUCGUGGAGCGAGUGUGCCAAGGAACGGUGGGCGUCGCAGUGCUCCUGCUGACGCUGAACUACAUGUUGGCUGAUGGAGGUCUAGUCGUCGGCGACGGGCUCGUGCCCGACGAGACGGUAGUGCGGUGGAGAUGUUAUGUGAUGGCGACCUGCGUGGCCAGCCACUUGCUGAAAUGGUAUGAGGCGACUUCGGGCGGGAGUUCGCCAUUGAAGAUGGCCGAGGACCGCUACUCGAAAUGGCAGCAAGACUUGGAAGAGCUGGAGCAAGCUGAGCGCUUGAGCGAAGCGUUCUGGCGUGCGGACGGCUGCGUAGGCGAUAGGAAACCUGUGAGGACGCUCAGCGGGUUGCGCGCCGAACAGCGAGAGCUGCGUGCCAAGAUGCGAGCUGACAAGCUGGAAGCUGUUCGACGAGGACGUCGAGUUUCAGUCGGGGAGGAUGUCCCGAGUAGGAACGGUGGUGACCGUUCCUACUACACGGACGACCGUUCGACCAGCGAUCGAAUUCUGGAGGAUCAGCUGUUGGACGAUGCGGUGAGCGGGCAGUCAUCCAUUUCGGAGGGGCGCUGA